UUUCCUCAAACGAAAAUGGCGGCUCCCUUAACGCUUGUCUUAAUUUUGUCUGUAACAAUAAGAGCAGUAUUAUUCCGAUCCAGUUUGGCUGAACUGAUUUCAGAGAGGGUUGAAGUCGUAUCUCCUCUAAAUGCAUGGAAAAGAGUUGUGGAGGGGCUUGCCCUGCUGGACCUUGGUGUCUCACCCUACUCAGGAGAUGUUUUCCAUGAAACACCCCUUGUCAUAUACCUCUUUCAUUUUGUGGUCGACUACGCAGAGAUUGUAUUUAUGAUAGUGGACGGGAUCACUGCUGUGGCUCUCUAUCUGGCUGUGCAGAACUACAACAAAAACGUGUUUAGAAAACAGAAGUAUGCUCUGGAGGCUGACCGGUACCCUCAUGAUUGUCUGGAACUUAUGCGCUCACCCAAAGAGAUGCACUACAUCCCACUCAAAGUUGCCAUGUUUUACCUGCUGAAUCCCUUUACGAUCCUCUCAUGUGUGGCUAAGUCCACCUGUGGACUGAACAACGCUGUAAUGGCACUUUUCAUCCUCUCUACGCUAAAAGGAAGUGCCUUGUUGAGUGCAAUAUUCUUGGCUUUGGCAACCUAUCAGAGCAUCUAUCCUCUCACGUUAUUUGCCCCUGGCCUUCUGUUCCUGUUACAGAGAUUGUACAUCCCAGUGAACCCAUGCAGGAGUCGCUUCUGGUUCUUCACCGUUCAGUAUUCCGUUAUGUUCAUAGGCAGUCUGCUCGUCAUCGUCUGCCUCUCCUUCUUCCUGCUGGGAUCCUGGGACUUCAUCCCAUCUGUCUAUGGGUUCAUCCUGUCGGUGCCAGAUCUCACUCCAAACAUUGGUCUCUUCUGGUAUUUCUUCGCUGAGAUGUUCGAACACUUCCGUUUCUUCUUCAUCUGUGUCUUCCAGAUUAACGUCUUCUUCUAUACCAUCCCUCUUUCUGUCAAACUAAAGGAGCAUCCGGUAUUUCUCAUCUUCAUGCAAAUUGCUAUCAUCUCCAUCUUUAAAUCAUACCCCACUGUAGGGGAUAUAGCACUGUACAUGGCCUUCCUGCCUGUCUGGAGUCAUCUCUACAGAUUCCUGAGGAACAUCUUCCUGGUGUCAUGUGUCUUGCUGGCAUGCACGGCUCUCUUCCCAGUCCUCUGGCAUCUGUGGAUCUAUGCCGGUAGUGCCAACUCCAACUUCUACUACGCCAUCACGUUGCUCUUCAAUGUGGGCCAGAUCCUCCUUGUGUCAGACUACUUCUAUGCGUACUUACGUCGGGAGCACCACCUGAGCCAGGGCCUGUACCUGAGGAGAAAAGACGGCAGCGAAGCAACCCUAGUGUUAAAAUGACCUCCAGGGACAGGACUGAGAGACUAGCCGGACUGUUCAACACACUCCUCCCUCUCUCUCCCAUUCCCUUUCUAGCUCCCACCUCAUUGGGUUCUUCUCUCACCUUCCUUGUUUGUUUCUUCUGUUCCCUCAUCCUCUCACUUUUCCUUCAGCCCUCUAGCCAAACAAGAUGGUACCGCUCCCCUCUUAGACCAAAGAUCUUGCGUGGGAACUUGCUAAAGGAGGAUGAGCCAUCGGAGGGCACUGUGGCCCCUUCGCUUUUGAUCUAAAUGUUUAAAUACUUGGAGCAACUGUGAAAUCCUUGAGCUGUGGAGGGAUGAUUUUUACCAUGCAUAUGUGGCCUGACAUGCAGUUCCAACCUUGGUCGGCAGAGGGGAGCAAAGAAUAUAUAAUUGCAUUGAAGUCUGUCUGCAAAAGGCCUGCAGCUUCACUUCCCCAAUGGCCUUUGGAUAAUGGGAGAUAAACUUGCACAUGACUGAUCAGGAGUCAUGUGAAUAGUCAUGAAUUUUUUUUCCACUCUCUGAAUCAUUUGAAGGUGUUUGUUAUGAAAAAACGCUUAGUUGCUAAUUAAAUUAACCUAAAUCCAUCUUUCUUUCUUUCCCUUUUUUAUUUUUUCCUUUAUAUCCUUCUUUAUUUCUUUCCUAAUAUAUUAACACACUGUAUUUUUUAUUUAUUGUGGUAUUUCACACUAAUUGUAUGUUUGUAAAAAGAAAAAUCUUAUGUUAAAGAUAAGUCAAACCAAUUUAUAAAAAUGUAUUUACAUUUAAAUGUUUUCUUGACCUGCUGUUUAAGAAAAGAAUUGGCUGUAUCUUUAGCCUGAGAUUGUGGAUUUCGAUAGCUGUGAAAUCAGAACUCCACUAUUACAUGAAUGUAACUCCUCUGAAUUACAUGUUCAGUAUAAAACUAACUGAUGUCAUCCAGCUCAUAUGAGCUAGUACCCUAGGAAUCCUAGUGUACUUGGAACGUGUCCUAUUAGUAUUGGUGCACUAGGCCUAGCUGGGCCAGUGAGGUGUGAGUUUUUCAGCCCUAACUGGCUAUUUAUGUCAAGCUAGAAUGCCAGUUGUUGAGGCUAAGUUUAAACCAACAGCAUUGUUAGGUCAUUUAAGGGGUCACAUUUCUCACUUGAGUACUGGUUGAAGGCUCAAUGCAAUGGAAUUUUCCACCUUUGUUAUUUCUGAUGUUAUUUUGACAACUUGGUCCUCACUGUAGACUAACUUGUUGAUGACCCAGUAAGUGUUAAAAGAAGUUAAUCAUCAUUAUUUAGUUUGCCCACAAAGCUUAAUGUCUCCCAAGGUAAUCCACUAACAUGCAUUUUUAUCCCUAGAUAUCUACCAUUUUUAUAGCUGCCUGUCUGCAGUAACUGUAUAUGUAAUAUACUGCUAUUUAUAGAUCGCUGAGUAAGUCACAAAAAGAUUUAAUAAUGGUCACAAAUAUAUACAUUACUCCUGUUAAUUUGUUUAGAAGUACAAUUUGUUAGUCAAAGGCUAGCAGGAACACUAUGCACUGUAAUGUUGAUGACUCUGGAAUUACACCUGUCAUUUAUUUCCUAUAAAAUGCUGUGACCGUCAGGCUUGUGGUGGAGGGACACUGCUUACCAAUUUUACGUGAUUUACAAUAGGUUUUUUUGUGGGAAGACGCUCGACUGUGAGGUAGACGUGUUAGUAUCACACAAAUUGCUGGUGUUGCUAUUGCUCGGCCCCAAAAAAAUGUAGUUUGAUCGCAAGUAAGUAACUGAUUCAGGCCUGCAUGAAUGUGAGACAAGCGCUGGGGUUUAAUUCCUUGUCAGCAUGGUGAACGUGAGGCAUGCAAGUGCAAUGUCCUUAAAUGCUUUUCCCUUGUUAACACCAGGACCCAAGCAAAAACAUAAUGUUAUUUGUAGAUUAUUUAUUCAGGAAGUAAUCUCAUUGUAGGUAUUCAGAGUAAACACCUCCUCCAACCUGUAAAUCAUCUGCAAUGAUUAACAACACGGAUGCCGUAAUGUUCAACCUUUGGGUUUGUUUCCUAUUGCACGAGUUUCUAUUGUUCUGUUCAUAAUUUGAGAUCCAGUGGUGAGGUUGAGCCAUUUGGAAAGUCAGGAGACUUUUUAAGGGAUUUGUAAGUUGCAUGACAGAAUGCCAAUAAAGAAUAUUUCUCAAAUAG